AUGCACUAUGAUUUUCAUGGUUUAGAAAUAAAACCUGAAAUUCAGUGUACUACAUUUCAUAAGUCUGUUGACUUCAAAUUUAAGAAUCUGAGAAAACCAUCUUUAACUAACCAGCAAAGAAAUUACAUUUGGGGAGUGGCAUUACCUCUAUCUUUGUGUAAUGAUCCUUGUGAGACAGGACACAGCAAGUCCAAGAAAGAAGUGGAAUCAUUUUGCUGCUAUGAUUGCCAUCUGUGUCCAGAGGGCAAAAUAUCAAAGGAGAAGGACAAGGAUGACUGCUCUCCAUGUCCAGAAGAUCAAUAUCCAAAUCUUGGGAAAAAUAUCUGCAUUCCAAAGCUGAUCACUUUUUUGUCCUAUGAAGAACCCUUAGGCAUCAGUCUGACUGUUUUUUCUCUUUGUUUUUCUUUAAUGACAACUUUGGUAAUAAUAAUCUUCAUGAAACAUAAAAACACUGCCAUCGUCAAAGCCAACAACCAGAAUCUCACUUAUAUACUCCUAGUUUCCCUCCUCCUCUCUUUUCUUUGUGUGUUUCUAUUUAUUGGGAGACCUGAUAAGAUUGUGUGUCUCCUUCGACAACCAGCUUUUGGCCUCAUCUUUUCUGUGGCGGUUUCUUGUGUUUUGGCCAAAACUUUUGUUGUGGUUCUAGCAUUCAUGGCCACCAAACCUGGUUCCAAAUUGAGGAAAUGGGUUGGGGGAAGAAUGGUCAGUUUCAUUCUUCUAUCUUGCUCCCUUGUUCAAAUAUGUUUUUGUGCUGCAUGGCUGAUAACAUCCCCACCAUAUCCAGAUUUUGAUAUGAAGUCAAUGUCUGAAGAAGUCAUUCUGGAGUGCAAUGAAGACUCAGUCAUGUUCUACUGUGUUUUGGGCUUUAUGGGUUUUCUUGCUCUGCUUAGCUUCUCUGCUGCUUUUCUAGCUAGGAAGUUACCUGACAGUUUCAAUGAAGCCAAAUUCAUCACCUUCAGCAUGUUGGUUUUCUGCAGUGUUUGGUUGUGUUUUAUUCCAACCUAUCUAAGCACAAGGGGAAAAUAUACAUUGGCUGUGGAGAUCUUCUCCAUGGUCUCCUCCAGUGCUGGCUUAUUGGUGUGUAUCUUUCUUCCCAAGUGUUUUAUCAUUUUGAUGAGACCUGAACUGAACAGUUUCCAAAUAGUAGGCAGACGUGAAGUGUCAUCAUGUUUAUUCAUGCAAUAUGGUCUUUUCUCUAUUUCAAUGGCCUCUCUGAUUAUUCUGCCAUUGAGAUGUUCUAUUUUUGCAACUGUUUUUGUGUUAUUAAAAUUAAUAUUAUGUCCUGUUGUAUUUAUGUGUUGAACUAAUGAUGAUGUGUGCUCUUGCUUUUGUAUUGAGUUUUUGUGUUCCUCGAUGCACACACUCAUUCUUCUGUUGGUCUGUCCAAUGUAUGUUGAUGGGCAGGAAGCACACGGGAUUUCGUAUAUGCCUUGAUCUUCUAAUUCUGUUUUGUCCUUAGGGUUUCUCAGAAUGGACAAUAUCUUUCUAUCUGUGCAAAAUAUGAUUUUGAUGUUGUGUCUAUGCAGUACUUUGCUAAUUUUAUCUGUUGUUCCCCUUAUAUAGGGCAAGAUGGCUUUCCCAUUGUUUUGUUCCUCUUGUUGUUUUUUCUUCUGUCUAGGUGUUGCAUGUUGGAUCAUACUGAUGAUUUUAUUUCUACAGAUAUUGGAGAUAUUAUCCACUUAUACAUUGAAGCCAGAAAGCAGUUAGACUGGCAUUCUAUGAUUGCUACCCCUGAUAUUUGGAUAGUAUGAAACUCUUUUUCCUUUUGGAAGUGAGUUAUAAAUGGGGACCAUAAAAAUGUGCAGAUAAAUAAAUAAUAGGACAAAUUGACAUAUUUCAGUAUGUCAUUGGCAAUUCUGACUAAAUAUGUAGAUUAAAUAUGAAUUAUAUAUUUAUCUUUACUGGUCAUCCUAAUUUAUCUGCAGACUAGAAUGUGUAACAAGAAGUUGGGGUUAAAAUACAAAUGAGCGUUUCUUUUAAAUAAAGAAAUGUUA